AAUAUUAUAUCUAUAACAUAUUUUCAAACCCAAGUUGCUUCAUUUCUUCCAUUUCAUGCUCUGCUACUGACCACAACUGCAAGCCAUGGCUUCAGCUUCCUCCACUGCAUUAUCACUCUCUUCCUCGUCUACCUUCGUUGAUCACAAGGCUUUAGCUCGUCAAAAACCUCUUGCUUCAUCGCCACAGUGUCUCACUCUUCCUCCUCUCACCUUUCAGUCCCAGAUUCGUCCCUCCAUGAAGACUCUUUACUAUCAAAAUAUGGCACGGAAUGUGGUGGUUAUGGCCACAGGUACCGAAACUCCAACGGAACUGGUAACAACAACAACUGAGACGCCGGAGAUUACCAAGAUAGUUCAAGAAGCCUGGGAUAGAGUUGAGGACAAGUAUGCUGUGAGUACACUUGCUUUAGUCGUUGUAGUUGCCCUAUGGGGCUCUACUGGAAUAAUCUCGGCAAUUGACAGGCUUCCUUUGAUUCCUGUCAUUCUGGAGCUCGUCGGUAUCGGUUACACCGCGUGGUUUGCAUACAAGAACCUUAUUUUCAAACCAGACAGGGAAGCUCUGGUGCAGAAAAUAAGCGACACAUACAAAGAAAUAACAGGAAGCAGCUGAAGUGGGUUGAGAAUGCUGCUGAGAUGAGGUGUUGCAGCAUCAACUUGUGGGAGCUUAGCUUGUUUCAUUUUGUUAGCACAAAUUUUCUGACCAGAAUAAGACAAUGUAUUUUGGUAAUUUGUGAUGAGCAAAUUGAAAUGCAUGUAUAUUUUUUAUUUCCCCCGCCAUAUAGAAAUACUUUCUGAUGCUAGUAAUCACCUUCUUUUGUCACCUGAAAUACAGGAAAAACUACAUCAAUUGUAUAAAUUUUCUAGUGUGUUUUAGUUU